UGGGCGCCGCCUGCCUCCUUCAGAGCGCCCCGUGUCUUGCUCCGGCCAGCCAGACGUUCUGCUCCUCUCGCCGGCAAGCAGGGACGUGGGUGGCCAUGCUGCACUGGGGAUACGACGAGCACAACGGGCCUUCUCGCUGGAAAGAGGUUUUCCCUGUUGCUAAUGGAGACCGUCAGUCCCCCAUUGACAUCAAAACUGAAGAAGCCAAAUAUGACCCCGCUCUACCUCCUAUUAGCCCUAACUAUGAUCCAACUUCUGCUAAAGUGAUCCUCAACAAUGGACACUCCACAAGUGUAGAAUUUGAUGACACAGAAAAUAAAUCAGUGCUGAGAGGGGGACCACUCAGUGGAAGCUAUAGGCUGCGCCAAAUUCACUUUCAUUGGGGGGCCAGCGAUGACAUUGGCUCUGAGCAUGCAGUGGAUGGAAAGAAGUAUGCAGCUGAGCUUCAUGUGGUUCACUGGAACUCAGACAAAUAUUCCACUUUUGUUGAGGCUGCUCGGCAGCGGGAUGGAUUAGCUGUCAUGGCAGUAUUUCUAAAGAUUGGUGAAUGUAACUCUCAGCUGAAGAAAAUUACUGACCGUUUGGAUGCCAUUAGAGCCAAGGGUAAACAAGCACUGUUCACAAACUUUGACCCUUCCUGUUUGCUUCCUCACUCUCUGGACUACUGGACUUAUCUUGGCUCUCUUACUGUUCCACCUCUUCUUGAAAGUGUCAUCUGGAUAAUUCUCAGAGAGCCUAUAACUGUUUCCUCUGAGCAGAUAGCCAAAUUCCGCAGCCUUCUGUGUACUGCUGAGGGAGAGGUAGCCUGCUGCAUGCUGAGAAACUACCGGCCACCACAGCCUUUAAAGGGACGGGAAGUCAGAAGGAAUUAAGGAGUAAAGCAAGAAUCAGUCACUGCUGAGACCACUUAGGAGGCUGAAUUAGUUUUUAAUAAUGAUAUGCUUUGUGCCUAAUGAAUAGGUAUUAUUUUAUUAUUCAGUUACAAUGCAGUCAUUUCAGCAAGAUAAAGAUGUCCUGACUUGUAGCAUUUGGGCUGAUUUUAAACUGGUUUGAAUGGGUUUUGCCCCUAUUGGUACGUGUGCAUUGUGGUGUUAGUGUUUGCAGCAGAGCUUACUGAACAACUUCAUUUCAGUCUGUGCAUGUGAAUGCAAUCAUACAUAUUGAGUCUGAUCCUACAGAGUGCUGAGCAACUCCUGCAAGGUAUUGGAUACUCUCAACUCCCUUUCAUGUCAGUUGCAGUUGAGGAUACGUAGCCCACUGAAGGGCUAAGCCCAUUUUUUUUAACACCAUAAAUCUUUCUUUAGGGACUAGACUGGCCUCUUCCUUUAAUUUUCAAGGAGAACUUAGUAUUUCAAAGCUGGUAGAAUUUCAUUACUGAUCAUAAGCAAAGUGAUCCUGUUUAAGCUGGGACGCCGUGAUAGAUUUACCAAAAAAUAUAGUAUCCACUAAUGACAUUUAACCCAUAAAGUAUACAAAUGGAUUCACAGGCAUUGACUUCCUCCGGGCCCAGGGGUGCUCAACCCUCUGCUCUGCCCCAGGCCCUGCUCCCACACGACCCUUUCACCCAAACCCCUGCUCUGCCUCUUCCCACCUACACCCCAGGCACUGCCCGCAUCUCACCCCUUCCCCCAAACUCUGUCCCGCCUCUUCCCGCCCCCACUCCACCUCUGCCCCACCACUUCCCGCUCUGUCCUGCCACCUCCCUCGAGUGUGCCCCAUCCCCGCUUCUCCCCAGGGCCUCUUGCAUGCUGUGGAACAGCUGACUGCAGCAGGUGGGAGGCGCUGGGAGGAAGGGGGAGAAGUUGAUCAGUGGGGCACCAGCAGAUGGUAGGCACUGAGGGGAAGGGAGGGAGCUGGUUGCCGGUGGGUGCAGUGCACCCGCUAUUUUUUUUCCAUGGAUGUUCCAGCCCGGGAGUAAUCACGGAGUCAGUGCCUAUGAAUGUAUUACAAUCCCUUUGUUUUGACUGCAUCAUAGGAGUGCUGGUAUAUUGUACCAUGGUUUAGCAAUACGAUGCUAGAAAGCAAUAUGCGAUCAUAUCAGAUGGAUUCUGUAUGCCCAAAUUCCACCUCCUGUAAGCCAGACAGUUCCUGGCACCUAUAGGGGCAUGCAAGGGGGAAGGACGCAUGAAGCCUCCCUCCCUUGCAUCUCUCACCCAGCAGGUGAGCAUGGUCUGGAACAUGUCUGUAGAAUGUAUUUGACAUGAUCCCAUAUUGCUUAACGUGCGUGCCUAACACUCAAACGUGCACUAGCCACUUCAGAAGAUGGCUCUGCCUCCUCUUGUCCCAUCAUGCUUCCUACCAGCCAGCUCUCCUGGCCAGGGACACAGAGCAUGCUGUAUACCAUUGCCAGAAAAGAGAACACCCCAUGCUGAAGAUAUUGUGCUUCUCUGAUGUGUAAUGCUUCCAUGUACCUGCUGGAGCACUGCCCCAUGCUCAGCGCUCUCUGUCAGACACAGCUGAGCCCGAUAGAGUUACAUUUAAUUCACAUGACAAAACCCCCCUACGUUUAUCAGAGGGGUAGCCGUGUUAGUCUGUAUCCACAAAAACAACAAGGAGUCUGGUGACACGUUAAAGACUA